UCCAGUGUACCUUGGAGGACACGUAAGGGGGAGGCGAACGCGUUUUGUUUUGGAGACCUUACGGGAUACACACAGCACUAGCACCGAUGGAGAGAAAGGACCAUUAGCCAUUGUCGUGGGGAAAUACGCAGAAGCAGUAUUCCAUGUCUCUUCUCUGCCCUGUUAUUGAUGGGAAACCAACUGGACCGGAUCACCCACCUGAACUACAGCGAGCUACCCACCGGGGAUCCAUCGGGCAUCGAGAAGGACGAGUUGCGUGUUGGCGUGGCGUAUUUCUUUUCCGAUGAGGAGGAAGAGCUGGACGAACGAUCGCAGUCGGACAGCUUUAAAGACAACAACAGCCCGAGCAAAGACGGUCCGGUUGCGCUCAACGAGAUCGAGUACUCGGCGUUCUGCUGCCAGGAAUGUAUAUACUCCAAACUGCGAGAGAACGAGGACCUGAAUGUUUAUUCUGUGAAAACUUUAUUGACCAUGUGCAAACCCGGGGAUCUACUGGAGUUAGUGGCCAACUCACAACCCCCGCACUGGGCGAUCUUUGAAGGGGAGGACCAGGUUAUUCACCUCUACAAGGGGGAGAUCCGCAAGGACCGCUUGUUUGAGAUCAGCUGCGGUCGGCAGGGCAGGAUAGUGAACAAUAGGUAUCGCUACCGACCGCUGCCAGCUGAUUUGGUGAUGCAGAACGCGAGCGGGCACGUGGGGCUCAGCAGCGGCGAGAUUUGCUGGACGAACUCGGAAAGUUUCGCAGCCUGGUGCCGUUUCGGCAAGCGGGAGUUUAAAGCGGGUGGGGAGGCGCACUCGGUCGAGCAGCGCUACUUUCUGAAGGUGCACCUGUCCGAGAGCACGGCGCACACGCUCAUGUUCCGCAGCCUGGAGGAGAUGAUACGCGAGAGACGGCGCGUGGACGCCAGUGGCAUUCUGAAGGAGCUGUCGCUGGUGACCGGGAAGGAAUGAGUUCUUGGGACUCUCUGCAUGCCUUGGGCAAGGGCUGCUUACAUUUAUUUCAGGACUUUGGGAGGGUUGUGCGUAUUUGUGUGAACAUGUUUUGGCAAAGACAACGCCCCUUUUGGUUGUGCUGUGAGAACCGAUGGCCCCACUAAAGUCACCCUGUACCUUUAAAAAGGAAAAAGAUAAAACAUAAGGUGAGCCCUCAACACAGAUCGCCCAUGAACCGAUACAGCCCCCUCAAAUUCGCACCCGAGCCCUGCUGCGGCAGAUGGUGACCACGAUGCGUUCAUAUGUCUGUGGCAAGCCGUUUUGACAUUACUUAAGACUAACUAGCAUUUGUUUUUGUUAGUAAUACUCCUUAUUCACCAGUAACUAUUCAAACGGUUUCUAGUAUCUAUCUCCUGUUGUUCUAGCAACAUUUGAAUAGUUACUAGUAGUGUAUAUUCCAAUUGUUACUAGUAACAUCGUACUAACAAUCAUACUAGUAAGACUUCUGUUUGAUUACAUCUGUCAAAAGCAAAUGUUACUAGUUAGAUGAAGAAUGUUACUUGUAACAGCUGAGAUCAAUGGGUACUAAUAUCUGAUUAGUAGCUUCUAGUAAACUAAAAAUGGAUACUAGUACCUAAUGAAUUGUUACUAGUCAAAGUUUAAUGGUUCAUAUCUGAACCUCAGAUCCAAAAUUUGUACCAUGGAAUAGUUACUUGUCAUUAUUACAAUGUUACUAACUACUAUCAAAAUACUAGUUGAAUAAAUAAUUAGAGUACUAGUAAAAUCGAAAAAGAGACUAGUCACUAUUGGACUACUUCUGAUUUAAAUAAGUAUUGGUAAUCUUAAAGUGUAUAAUAGUUAGUUUAAAGGAAUAAAACGGCUUGCCACAUGUCUCUUAUUUGACUGAACUCCAGAGCUUAAAUAUUAAAUGUGGUGCUCCUUUAUUGCGCAUCUGUCCAGCUGCAAUAGUUUCUCUAAAACCCCUACAGGCGAUAACACACGAGCCUUUGUUUUCAUUGUUGCCAACAAACGCAGCGAACACUCUUCUGUUUUUGGAGUCCAUAUUUUUGUAUUUCAGUUAGUGCGUUAAAAAAAAAUGUUUUUAUUCAAAUAAACGUAGAUUGCCCUAUGAAAAUU